AUGGAUCUGUCAGACGUCAGCGCUAUGCUCGACCAGGCCGAAUCGACUUCGUCUCCAACUAACGCUGAUAUUAUGGCGGCCCUCGAGCACGUAGUUGGGCGUCUGCACACUCUCGAAGCAGCCGCCAACGAACUGCUGAAGCGAUCAGAGCCGCGAUCCUCUUGUAUUUUCUGCCCUGUGGCAGAUAACCGCAACGGACACAAUACGUCGCGGUGCAACCGCUUUCCUGAUGCGGUUGCACCGCGACGGUUGCACAAAAAGCAUGCAGGUGGCGAGGCUCGGCUUUUGUGGUCGUUGCCUCAGGCCUGCACAUGA